AUGGCUGACUCAGCCUCGACUGGCAAGCCUGACAUUGAAAAGCAAGUUGCUGAGGAACAAGUGAUUGAAGACCAAGUUCCUGAAGAACAAGUUGUUGAAAAAGAAUCCGAGGAUGCUGAUUGGAACGAAGAGAAAGAAGGCAGUCUUGAAUUAGCAAAAAAGAAGCAGGCUGUACUGAAAACAUACUAUGAUGGCUUUCCAAGUAUUGAUGAUGUUAUAGAUGAGACACGAUCUGGUAUACGCGAAGCAAAAGAAUUUACCGAAUCGAUCCUUCACGAUUUACCAUCGGGAGACAUUAGCGAGAGAACAACAGCGUGCCAUGGAAAUAAAACAUUUACGAACCCAAAUGAAACUCAUCAGGUUGGACCACCGGGAAAAACUAAGACAUAUAUCUCACCUGACGGAUGGACGAGAUACGGCUUCAAAGUGUUAGGCAAGUAUCAAGAUGGAAAUGCUUGGUUGCAUCCAUUCAAAGAUCCUGGAAAUUGGUAUCGAGCUUUUCAUGGAACAGGAAGAGCACAAGCAGUAGAUUUCGGUAAUGAUAAACAGUCAUUCGAAAAACAGUAUGCACCUGUCGAUGCUGUCGCAAGUAUCUUUGAAAAUGGAUUUCGUCCUGCGAGGAUCACUGUUCAUGGCGAUGGUGUGUAUUGCUCUCCAAAUCCUAAGUUUCCUGAAAAUGGGUAUGUGGCAACUGUUGAACUAGACACACAAGAAGGAAAAAAAAAGUUUAAAUGUAUGUUGCAAGUAGCUGUGAAUCCUGACGCUGUUAGAUUUACGAAGGACAAGGAUAUAUGGGUUGCACCUAAUCCUGAAGACAUUCGACCAAUUUUUCUCGAACUUGAAAGUAUUGAAUACACAAUAGGAAAUUGUCAUUUGCAUAUAAAAGAUUUACCAUGGCCAUCAACAUUAACACAUCUUAGCAUUAUCUUUGAUUAUGACGGAUAUUUUGAUCGUAUACAACGUUCUCUUGUUCAUUUAUCAUCAUUAAAUAGUCUUGAAAUUUAUCAAAAAGAAAAAGGAACAUUACUUCCUAAUGGUCAACUAUGGGAAAACCUGAUUCAUUCAUCACUUCCAUUAUUAAAAAUCUUCAAAUUUUAUUUCCAAUUCGAAUAUUCAUCACAACUAUCUAAUCAAAUUGAACAAGUAAUAUCAUGGUUUUCUACACCAUUCUAUGUACUUAAAAAUAAAUGGUUUAUUCGUUGUGAUAUACCUGAUAGAUAUCACGGGCGUGCAAUUCUCUACUCACUACCAUUUUCCUUUCAAAUCUAUACAACUUUUCAAGGUUCUAUCAUCAAAACUAUUUUAACUUUAUUGGACGAUGAUAACAAUGAUUUCUAUACGAAUAUAUUCUCAAAUGUUAAAAAAUUAUAA